CAGCCUUCGAAAAUUCCCUAAGAACCCUAGAAACUCAAAAUAUUGGGUCAGAAAAGUAAAAGCAAGUGCAGAUCAAAACAAUUCAGAGAAAGAGGGAAGGAUCAAGACAGUGAUUAUCGAGGUUCACCACCAAGAUUGGGGCUACAUCCGUUGAGCUUGCCUCAGAGAAGAGCUUAGCCAUUCCACUAUUUCAAGAUCAAAGUUACAAAGCCAGGUCUUCGCUUUGGACAUGAUAACUAAAUUUUGAGGAAGCUUCUACACCAAACUCGAAGAAAUCGUUAGAGCCUUCUUUGUCCCCUCGUUCGUCGUUUGUCAGCGUCCAUCUCGACGCUGCUCUACUCAUAAUUUUUUUCUUCUGCCCUUUGCAAAUCAGAGUAUUUUCAGCAUGGACAACAAUAAUUGGAGACCUAUUCAAGGUGGUGAACCCAUGAUAGACAAUACUGAUUGGAGAACUCAGCUGCAACACGAUUCGAGACAACGAAUUGUCAACAAGAUAAUGGGUACUUUGAAAACGCAUCUCCCGUUCUCGGGUCAAGAUGGAUUGCUUGAACUAGAGAAAAUUGCUGAAAGGUUUGAGGAAAAGAUUUACAGUACUGCCACAAGCCAGUCUGAUUAUUUACGGAAAAUUUCACUGAAGAUGCUGACAAUGGAGAAUGGGUCUCAGAACAAUAAUGUACCCAACCCUUUGCCAUCCAACCCCACUAAUAGCAGAACCACAGAUCCAGGAUCUGUUGUCAUGCCACCUCAAGUACACAAUCAAGGGCAAUAAUCACUUGUAAUGCCACAAUCAAGGGCUAACGAAAACUGCAGUGAAAUUUGAAAACAAGAAAACAGAAAUUAUUGUUCACA